AUGACACUUACCUUGGUAGUCGUCAAGACUUCUAAACAGGCUCCACCUCUCUUGGGACGCUCUUGGCUGAGGAAACUGAAGCUAGACUGGAAAUCAUUGAUAUCUGAUCCUCAGUAUUCAAUCAGUGUUGAUGCAGAUGUGGGAACGGUUCUGCAGCAGGAGUUUGCAGAUGUAUUUGAGGAAGGACUUGGGAAAGCUAAAGGCCCACCAGCGUCAUUGCAUCUGAAGGAAGGUGCUCGACCAAAGUUCUGCAAGGCACGCAACGUUCCUUUUGCUCUACGUCCUGCAGUUGAGGAGGAACUAAAACGGAUGCAGGAAUAUGACAUCAUAUACCCUGUAGAUUACAGUGAAUGGGCAACCCCAUUAGUAUGCAUACCGAAGGCCGAUGGACGGGUACGCCUAUGUGGAGAUUACAAGGUGACCGUGAAUCAGCAGAUUCAUUGUGAUCAGUACGCCAUUCCUACUACAGAACAAGUAUUUUCAAACUUGGUUGGAGGAAAGAAGUUCUCUAAGAUUGAUCUUAAAUGUGCAUACCAGCAAAUGAUGUUGGACGAAGCUUUACAGGAACUGGUGACGAUCAACACCCACCGAGGUCUCUUCCGCUACACCAGGCUGCCAUUUGGUAUUUCAUCUAGCCCAACUAUUUGGCAGAAAUUCAUAGAGCAGGUCAUAUCUGGACUGGAUUGUACUUGCGCUAUCAUGGACGAUGUGCUCGUGACAGGAAACACAGACCAAGAGCACAUGAGAAAUCUGAAGUAA